UCCAGACGUAACGCCUGAAUUGAAUUUAGCGUGUUGUUUUUACUCCAAAAUUUUCAAACUCGACAUCAGUGACUCACCUUUUAAACAAAAUGUUUUCCAGUGGACCAAACUACACAAAGUUGAAAACCAACCUCCGGCUGGCAUGCAAUCGGCUCAAGCUACUAGAGAAAAAGAAAACCGAGCUGGCCCAGAAGGCUCGCAAAGAAAUCGCAGACUAUUUGAUGGCAGGAAAACCGGAGCGGGCCAAAAUCCGAGUUGAGCACAUAAUUCGAGAAGACUAUCUGGUCGAAGCAAUGGAAAUUGUGGAAAUGUAUUGCGAUCUGAUACUGGCUCGUUUCGGGCUGAUAACGCAGAUGAAAGAAAUUGACGAAGGAAUCGAGGAGGCGGUCAGCACCAUCAUCUGGGUGGCCCCAAGGCUGCAGUCGGAUGUGCAAGAGCUGAAAAUCUGUGCGGACAUAUUCGCCAUCAAAUACGGGAAACCGUUUGCUGAUUCUGCCAGGGCUGCAGCUCCACCUCACAAAGUUUCGGACAAGGUGAUGCAUAAGUUGGCCAUCCAGGCUCCCCCGAAGCUGCUAAUUGAGAAGUACAUCAUCGAGAUUGCGAAGAUUUUCAACGUCGACUACGAACCGGAUCCACUGGUGAUGAAGGACGAUAAGCCGAACGAGGCCAGUACCCUGAUAGACCUCUCGGAUCGGAACAAUCUGGAUGGAGGUGGACAUUCAGGCGGAAGCGGUGGAGCAGGAGGAGGCGGUGGAAUGCCAGCUCCGGUAGGUUUUAUAGGAUAUCCCUUGCCACCAGCCAUUCCACAGCUACCUCAGGAUUCUUCGCAGGCGCCCUUCAAUUAUCCGGGCCCUAGUAACAGUUUCGUUCCAGCUUCGGCUCCUCCACCGUUCAGCUACAACAUCCCCCCGAAUCCAGCAGGGCCUCCCCCAUCGGAGGAGAAGGAUUUGAACAUUAAUGCUAACUUUAUCAAUCAGGAGAAGAACAAAGGUCCGGACCCGGGUCCACCACCAAGCUAUGCUUCGCUGAGUCCAGACGACAAUAUGCAGAAUUCAACUAAACCCAAACCGCAGCCUCGCUCGAAGAUUUCGCCGGACAUGAACAUGCCAACGCUGCCGAACGUGCCGUUCGAUCUACCGGACGUGCCCUCCGGAAACGCCGAUGGUGCUGGAGCCGAGGACAACGAUGAAAUUGAUUUUGACGAGCUGUCGAGACGCUUCGAGGAGUUGAAGAAAAAGAAAUACUAGAAAGAAGCGGACCGUGGAACUAUGCAAUGCUAUUACUAAUCUUAGAGCAGCUCAUUUAGAAAUGUUCGCAAAACACAUAAGUCACUAGAACUCAGUGCUGGACGGAAACGAGUUAGCGAUCGCCUACAUUACCAUAGUGUUCAGUUUUUUUUGAUAAGGGAGGUUUGAGAUAUUGAAUGUUGAUAUUACACCCAAACACUUGAACUCAUUCCUAGGUAAGGAAAAAUAGUUUGUUUAAGAGGCCAGAAUAUUCGAGGUAGCGAUUCGCGGUCGAUGUGCUAUGUUUUUUCUGAACACUUCCAUAUUUGGGAUUUGUAAAAUCGCUUGGAUUGUACUGUGAAUUAUAUCCACUAUGAUUAUUAUUUGUGUUUUAUGAAAUUAUUCGUUGAAAGAGUAUAUUUUACACGAAAUAAAUACUAACAUUUAUGAUUAA